UUGCAGAGGCAGGUAGCAAUAUCGGAAAGAGAAUUGGAAACAGUGAGAGAGCAAUUAAAUGAAUCGCAACAGCGUGAGUGGGUCAUUAAUCGGAAUGACAUUCAGAUCUUAGAACAGGAACUAGGACAUGGCGCGUGGGGAUUUGUUUACCGGGGGAAAUUUCAUGGCUGUGAUGUCGCUGUGAAACAAAUGCAUGAAAAUCUGAUUACGUCUGAUUAUACCAGGCAUGCGUUUGAGCGAGAAGUCGGCAUGGCUUCAAGAUGCCGCCAUCCUUGUCUGUUGCAGUUUAUUGGAGCAACAACUGAUGAAAGGCCACUGCUGGUUACAGAGAUCCUGGAUUGCAGUCUGAGGGAAAAACUGAAUAAUGAAGACGUGACGCCCCUUUCUGCUAACGAAGUCCCUGUUAUUUCUCGAGAUGUAGCUCUGGGGCUGAAUUACCUGCAUCAGCAGCCCAUACCUAUCAUCCAUCACGACGUCAGUAGUGCUAAUGUGUUGCUAUGGCGACAGAGUGAUCGAUGGCGAGCCAAAGUGUCUGAUUAUGGCACUGCAAAUUUCGUACGUCAGAGCAACAUAAAUUACGCCGGUGCUGCGAUCUACAGUGCACCAGAAUUCUUGAAUGAGAACCACGACCAGCCUAUUAGCUGCAAGGUUGAUGUUUACAGCUUUGGCGUUCUUCUCUGUGAAAUGUGCAUCAGGCAAGAACCAGAUCCACAACGGCGAAGAAGGCAAAUAGCAGCGAUUAGGAACGGCCAUUUUCGCGGGCUCGUAGAACGCUGUGUACAUGAAGUGCCUGGAAUGAGGCCAAAUAUGGAGUCAAUCAUUGAAGAACUAAAUCCAGGAGAAGCUAGUGAGAGCCGAAUAUGAAGGGUCGAGAUUUUGCCGGACCGUAAACAGUUCCGCUAGGUUUUUGUGCUGAAAACGCACGGUUCUAUGGUGUAGGCGCCACCUAGGUCUUGGACUAUUAGGUGAGCGAAAGCUGAAUAGGCCCCAAAAUCACCUUGGGACGUGGGGCGUGGCUUGCGGAUGCAUAAAAAGUCCAGGUGCCCUCCCUCUUCUCCAGUUCCCAGCUUUCAUGCGUUCUCUAAAAAUCCAAGAAGGCGCCUACAGUUACGUCUAUACAUUUUUGAGGAGUAUAAUUGCGGAAGGAUUACUUGUGCAAUCUUCUUCUAUUAUGGCAUGCUUUUCGCUUUUAUAUCAUGCAAGUAUAUUCAUUUCGGAAUCAGUUAUAUUUAUUCUGCCAGCUGAAGUACGAUCAGAAAUUGAUUUCAAUUUUUAGAAAUUACGUGGCUGAGAAAUGGCAAACUUUAAUUCAAGUCGGAGAAGGAAAAACGGGUUUAAUUGAAUAAGUCAAUGAGUUUUACAAGUUACUAGACUUCCAAGUUGCAGGUUAUGUAGCACAGUUGUCUGGACACGAAUUUAUUAGAACCAAGGAAGGUGUAUGGUUGCCAUGAACUGUGAUUAUUCUGUAAACAUUAACAUGAUAUAUAUAUCGUCUGUGACUUUACAGGUCGCAAUUAUUAACAUUGAGUACGAUGUGCCAUGUCCACAUACAUUCCUUUUCAAUUGUGUUUGUAUGUUAACGGUUAGGCUUUCAGUCCGUUUUGUGAAAACGCUUUGAUUUAUCGUUGGCCUAUAGACGCGGCAGAGAAAAGAAUAAAAACGGAUCAUGUAGAUAGUAAA